UAGUUGUCUCUAAAUGAUUCUAGUGGUUGUUGUCACGCUUCUCCUGGGAGUAGGCUGUUCUACAGCACAACAGAAGUACAGUGCAUUACAAUUUGGGGGUGGUCAGGAUGAUAAAAUACAAUGGUACCCAGACAUGAGCCCAUUUGCAACACAAAUGUCACUUUGCACCUGGAUUAAGAUGCGAAGUGUGACGUCCCAACCUGUCGUACUACAUUACUUCGUCGCAAGUCAGCAUAACAUUUAUUUAGAAGCUGAUAAAGACUGGAACGAGGUAGUCGAAACUAAUCUCAAUCUGGAUGGUAAAUUCAAGGCCCCAGUAAAUGAGUGGUACCAUUUCUGCUUGACAUGGGGAGAAUACAUUCUCAGAGCUUACUUCAACGGCCAGGAAGUUGGGUCUACAAGCACGAAUGUGAGACUAAUAGGGACAGGAGGUAAAAUGAGUAUGGGGAAUAGAGCUGAUGCGGUGGUGGAUCCGAAGUUCACUUUUGGCGGAGACGUGUUCAAGAUGAACAUUUUCAACAGGGUACUCACUUCUACAGAAAUAAGAGCAAUGGCCUCUGACAGGUGUUCUGAGGAGGAGGAAAAACUCAACUCAAAUAGACUUCUCAAGUGGGAGGAUAUAUUGUCGCAGCAACGAACUGGAAAUGUGGUUGAGAUCCCUACAACCUGCUCCGUAGUUCCUGACAUCAAUUUAAAUGUGAACUCUGACAUCGAAGAAAGACUGAGACGGAUUGAAGAAAGGCUUAACACAGCAGAACAAGAGUUAAAAGACACCCAGGAGGAGCUGCAGAGCACCAAGCAGGAGCUGACAGAAACCAAUACUUCCCUCACCAACACCCAGGAGGAGCUGCAGAGCAACAAGCAGGAGCUGAAAGAGCUUUGCAAUACUUGCCGCCCUAGAAGGAAAAGAAAAGGAAAUAAAAGAAAAAAUAAAAAAGACCUGUCUGUGAUUGUCUGAACAAAAGGAACUAAAACCUCACUGUGCGUACAUCAACAUGUGUGGGAUUCUAGACGUUACUAUAAAUAAUUACUAUUAUCUUUCUAAAUAACUU